GACAAACCCAACACUAGCGCCUGACAGUUGUUGGGCGAGUGGCAACGGCAAAGGCAAAGGCGAAAGAGGCGAAAGCAAAAGUGAAUUAAGGAAAGCAGAGGCAAUAUGCAAAAUUAAUGUGCGCUACGCACGUUGUUUGCUGUUAACUGUUUAAUCGCAAUGCAAACUAAAAACAAUUGCAAUUGCUAGCCCAUAACACACACUCGCACACACACAUCUAAUUCACUUAACAAAUCACGGCGUGUGAUACCGAUUUCUGUUGCAGUUGCAAGUUACUCCGAUUUACCAAUUUCCGUGUUAUUUAUUAUUUCUGUUUUUUUUUUGUGUGUGUGUGUAUGAUUUGCGGAAAGUAAAAGUGGCUGCCGCAGCGGCCUGCCUUUGCCUGUAUGUGUAUUUGUGUUCGUCUCGAUUAUAUUCAUGUUCGUUCGGUUGCGUUUGUGUGUGUGUGCGCGCGCGAAUGUUUGUGUGUAAAAAGAAGUUGCAAAAAUACAAAAGUUACGCAAAAACAUAGCAAAAUUGUGUAAAAUAACAACAACCACAACGACAACAACAAAACCUGCCGUCUGCCAGUGUCUGUGCUUAGGCUGCGUGCGUCCGUGCGUGUGUGGGUGGGUGUGUGAGCGUGCGUCCGUGUGUGUGUGUGUCUCGGCUGUGCUCUGCUUGAAACGCAGCGUACCGGCUGCACAGAAAUGAGCGAAAACAACGGCACCAGCGGCACCACCAUCACAGCCGCCAAUGGACCGCGUGUCGUUACCAUCUACAAGACGGAAACUGGCUUCGGCUUCAAUGUGCGCGGACAGGUGUCCGAGGGCGGCCAAUUGCGUUCAAUCAAUGGCGAGCUGUAUGCUCCGCUGCAGCAUGUCAGCGCUGUGCUGGAGAACGGAGCCGCCGAGAAGGCGGGCAUCAAGAAAGGCGAUCGCAUACUCGAGGUCAAUGGCGUCAGCGUGGAGGGCGCCACACACAAACAGGUGGUGGAUCUCAUCAAAUCGGGCGGCGAUUGCCUGACCCUAACGGUCAUAUCGGUCACGCAGCAGGAGGCUGACCGACUGGAGCCGCAGGAGGAUCAAACUGGCUAUUCCUACAUAGACUACUCGGACAAGCGCUCCUUGCCCAUCAGCAUACCCGACUACAGCAUUGUGAAUCGGAAUGGGGAACGCUACAUUGUCUUCAAUAUCCACAUGGCCGGCAGGCAGCUGUGCUCGCGUCGCUAUCGCGAGUUUGCCAACCUGCACUCGGCUCUGCGCAAGGAGUUCAGCGGCUUCAACUUUCCGAAGCUGCCGGGCAAAUGGCUCUUCCAGCUGAGCGAACAGCAGCUGGACACGCGUCGACGGGGCCUCGAGCAGUAUUUGGAGAAGGUGUGCGCGGUGCGCGUGAUAGCCGAGAGCGAUGCAGUGCAGGAUUUCCUGACCGACACGGAGGAUGAUAUAUCUGCAUCCCCGGUGGACAUCAAAGUGAUGCUGCCCGACCAUGAGGUGACCAGCGUAUCGGUUAAGAAGUCAUCCAAUGCCCAGGUGGUGUGGGAGAUAUUGGUGCAGCGCGCCAACCUUACAGCCUAUACGCAACAAUAUUUCUAUCUGUUCGAGAUAGUUGAAUACAAUUUCGAGCGAAAGCUGCAGCCCCACGAGAUUCCGCAUCAGCUCUAUGUGCAGAACUACAGCACCGCCUCAUCCACAUGCCUCUGCGUGCGUCGCUGGCUCUUUUCCGUGAGCAAGGAGCUGACCCUGCCCGAUGGCGAGCAGGCGGCGCGCUUCAUCUUCUACCAGGCCGUCGAUGAGGUGAAUCGGGGCAAUAUACGUGCCGAGGGGCGUCUCUACGAGCUGAAAGCAUUGCAGGAUGCCAAAAAGGCCAACGACUAUCUCGCCUUGGCCCGCACACUGCCCGGCUAUGGUGAUGUUGUCUUUCCUCACUGCUCCUGUGAUAGUCGCAAGGAGGGCCAUGUCGUGCCCGCCGUGGGAAUGAAAAGUUUUCGCCUGCACGCAUGCCGCGAGGAUGGCUCUUUGGAGGCGCAAAUGGUGGAGCUAACAUGGGAUAGCAUCACUAGCUCCGAGAGCGACGAGGAAUCCAUGUCGUUUUGCUUUCAGUACAAUCGUCCAGAUAAGCCACCACGUUGGGUCAAAGUCUAUACGCCAUAUCACGCAUUUCUCGCGGACUGCUUUGAUCGGAUUAUGGAGGAGCGCAAAUGGGAGGACAGCGGCGAUUAAAAGGAUUUCUUGCGGGCUCAUCAGGCGCAUUGAUCAGAUCUAUAUAGAUAUAUAUAUAUAUAUAAAUAUACAUAUAUAUUGCAACCUAACCAUCCCAGCAACAUCACAGCGAGCGGCUCAAUGCAAUCUUAGUCACACUCACACGCAUACACAUACACACGCACAUACACCUUCGCAGUCUAUUGUAUUUCAAUCACAAUUUUGUAUAUUAUGUAUGGCAGAUUAUUCGAUUUGUGUGUUGUGUAUAUGGCUGUGUGCCUGUUUCCGUUUCCGUUUCUCUUUCCGUUCCCCUUCCCAUUCUGUAUCCACAAUUAUUUCGUUAGCUUAAGCAAAAAAAAGUGAAA